AGCUUCUUGAGUUCAUCAUUUCCAUGGCUAACCCAAUUCUGAUUCGUCCAUGGUCUCGCUUGGCCUCUUUGCGUUCUCCUUCUGCUGCAGAAUCACAACCCAAACCUCAGCUUCCACAACCUUCUCUCAAAACAACAAACACCAACUCUCAUGACACCAAUGCCACUGUCACCAAAUCCCUACCAACAACACCAGUUAACUCACAAAACCUCAAAUCCACUACCCCUAUGAUCUUUCCACCUGCCAAAUUAAAGGUUCAUCCUCACCCGGUGGUGGAACUCACCAUUGAAAAGCCUAAUAGCAAUGGCAAUGCUUCGGUGAAGCAUGAAUCAGAAGAAACUAAGAACCAGAAACAAGUCAUUGGCCCAAAUGAAACCAAAGGGAAAGGUAUUCACACAAAGCUCUCAGAGGGUCAUGGCGUAAGGGUCAUAACCAUUUCAGGGGAAAACAGAGGUGCUUACAUGCAAAUAACACGAUCCCACAAGAAAAAGCCCUUUCAGAAGACGGGGAAUUCUGAUGGUGAGAAAGUGAGAACACUGUCUUCUCCUCCAAACAGAGCUUUGUAUGGGAACAGCAACGUGCAGUGUGUCAACAACUCAAUGCUGUUCAACACUAGCUUGAGCCACCACGAACCAGGAGUGCACCUUGUUGUCCCGAAAAAGCCAUUUGGCAAAGGGUUGCUUCUCAAGGAACGUGGUGAAGUUCAAUGCACCAUGGCAAAUCCAAUUCCAAUUCGUCCAUGGUCUCGCUUGGCCUCCAUAAAAACACUUCCUGAAACUCAACCUGCAGAACUUUCUCUCAAAACAACUAACACUUCCUCACAUGAGGGCAAUGAAAGUGCCACCAAAUCUCGAUCACAAACACCAGAUUUUCACAGUCCAACAAUUCAGUCACAAAAGCUCAAACUCACUACUCCCAUUUCCUUUCCACCUUCGAAAUUGAAGGGUCAGCCUCAGCUUAAGGAAUAUGGAGAAACUCAAAAGCAAGGCAUAGGCAUAACAACUUCAGGGGAAAGCAAAGGUGCACACAUUCAAAAUAAACCCUUUAACAAGAUUGAAAAUUCCUGUGGUGAAGAAGUGAACGGAAAAAUGAAGAACAAGAGUGGGAAAUUAACGAUACCAUGUUCAUCUCCAUUGCGAGUUCUGAGUGCAUCUUUUUAUCCCAAAGAAGCCAUUUUUGUGAAGGAUUCCAAGGUGGCGUUUAACUUAGAUUCAUCUAUGUUUCAGGCAAUUCCAAUGGCUACCACCAAUCCAAUUCCAAUUCCAAUUCGUCCAUGGUCACGCUUGGCCUCCCUAAGAUCUCUUCCUGCUCCAGACUCACUUCCAAAACCUCAGUCUGCAGAACUUUCUGUGGAAACCUCUCAUGACAGAAAAGAAAGUGCCACCAAAUCUGUACCAGAAACACCAGAUGUUCACAGUCCAAUGCAGUCACGAAAGCUCAAACUCUCAACCCCAUUGAAGUCUCAAGCUCAGCUUGAGAUUAAGAUAGCGCUAGAAGAAGAAGUAACCACUGGAAAUGGCAGAGGCUCGUUGAAGAGUGAUUGGGAUGAAAAUGAAGUCAUUGCAAAAGAGGUGAAAACUAAAGGGAAGGGUUCUUCUGAUGGCCAUGCAAUGAGGGUCAUAACAAUUUCAGGCGAAAACAAAGGUGCAUCCAUGCAAAUAACCACACCCCACAAGAAACCCUUUCACAAACUGAGAGCUGUGUACGCUAACAGUAAUGUGCAGUGCGUGAACAACUCAAUUGUGUUGAACACUCGUUUAACCCACCAUGAUCCAGGAAUGCACCUUACUAUCCCGAAAAAACCAUUUGGGGAAGGAUUCCAUCUCAAGAAACGUUGAGAAGUUCAACGCAAUUGAUCAAGUUGGUUCUUUUGGUUAAGAUUAUUUAUAUGGUGUGGUUGAGGAUAUUGUGUUAUAGGAGUAAGAGCCCUAAUUGCUAUACUGUUAGGGUGACUUUGUAUUCCAAUAAAUUUUAACGAGAAAAUGUGUU